UUCAUUCUAUUGUCACAGUGCGAUGAUUUUGUGUUCAGAUCAGUUCACGUAUAGCGGUACGGCAAACAAGUCAACACUGAGAAAUGGCCACAGAAAGGAAGACGUCAACAAUGAUUUUGAUCGUACUGACUCUCGCUGUUUUCCAGAGUGUAUCAGCUUCCAAUCAUAGCACGGUAUGCGCGAGUACCGAGAACGUCACGGCGCUGAACACCAUUAUAGAAGCCAUGAAUGCAACUCUCCAGGUCAUUCUACAAGAUACUAGUACACAAAUGGAUAUUAAAUUUGCCAACAUCUUCCAUACGGUCUGUAAUAAUCAAAUGGUUCUACAUCUAGUGUAUGGUAUUGAAAACUAUGUAGCUUCCUGUCCGGAGCUGGUUCUGCAGUCAAAUGUCAGGUCACUGGAACUAGGACCUUUAACGUUCCUUGCCCUUCUAGAGGACUUUCAGAGUGUAGACCAUUUUUGUGAAUGUAAAGAACUUUUGACGCAAGUCCUUGCUAUUGAAAUCACUAAGUCAGAUAUACUAUACAGUGACCCUGGGGCAUACUACCCGGAAGUAGUCAACCUCACCUGGAUUUGUAUGAUGACGUCACCGCCUCCCUCCAUUAACUUUACCAAUGUAGCGUUACUGACACGGGACAAGAAAGGACAGUGCCCGGCUGUCUUCAAGUACAGCACAAUCAACAUUGCCAGAAUGGAAGGCUUCAUACUCAACUACUGUGAAGAUUUCAGCCCAGAAAAUUUUACUUGUGCCAUGAACUACACCAGUGACCAAGAUUUCAAUAAUUGCUUAGAACUUGUUGACCAAAGUGUGACCACGCCAGCGGACGACAGAACGUUAAAGGUCUAUAAAUGCAAACGUGCAGAAUGCGUCAAUGAACGUAUGGCGGGAUGUACAGGCAAAGGAAUGGAUGCUUACAUGUGGUCGGUCAAUUUCAGAGAACUGGAGCCGCAAUUUCAGCUGAUUGCUUGUAGGGAUAUUAGUAGCGCACCCUUAGGUCCGUAUCUAAACUGGUUCCUUCUGGCUGCAAUAACAUCUGUGUUUCAUCUCUCGGCUUUAGUUUGAUAGCUUCAAUAGACUCCGUACGGUGUUCUCAAAGUGCUUUCACCUUUAUCUGAAAUAAAUUAUGUGCAGUCUGUCCUUGAACUGCAUUAUCACCGAGUGAAUACUGUCCUCGACUCUUCUUUAAGAACUUAAAUAGAUUAGACGUUUAGAUCUUCUCUUCCUAGAAAUAGGUCUUAUCCCUAUACUUGUAAUAACUAUUGUCUGGAGUUAAAGUAGACCAGGUUUUGUCUUCAGUUAUCGAGGCUGCAAUAUUUCAUUUGUGCUAUGUAAUGUGCUGCUUAAAUGUUAAAUUAUGUCAGAUAUGUGUCAUGGGUUUAUAUGAUAUAUUGCUCUAAGUAUUUACUGUGAUGUGUCUUGUAUUGUGGUGUUUAUAUGUUUUGUUGUUUCAGUAAUGUUUUGAUUUGAUUGUCUUGUAUCAUUUCAGUGUAUGUGUCCAGUCUUAUGCUAUAUUGUUUUGUCAGCGCUGUUUCAUGUUUAUACAAAAUUUAUGUUAAUUUAUUUCGGUGUUAGUUAAUGUAAUUUCGUGCGUGAUAUUUCAUAUGUUUGUGCUUGCGUGCGCACGUGUAUAAAUAUUUCUCAUUGUAAAUAGAUUACAAUUUGCAUUACAAAUUCAGAAUUAAACAAAAACACAUACAA